CUAAAUUUUAAAAUGUAAUACUAAUCUUGUAAAACCAGUUAUAAAGGAGUUUACAAAUUCAAACCCUGAAUACCCCAGUCUGAGAUAGUCUCAUUGAGGAGAGGGAGGAAGUCGAUUAAUUCAACAAAAAUGUUGAAGGCCUCUAGAUGUAAAUCCCUCCUCCUGAAUGGUGUUUACCCAACAGAGCCCAGACUCUGUUGGCUGGGUUUUCUCGUAUCAUUGUGGUUAACAGAAGUAAAUAAAUGGCCACAAGCCCACGUUUGAGGACAAAAGUUCUGACUGUUUUAUUGUCAUUGUAGUAGAAGUAAAUUGAAUAACAAUGCAUACUUCCAACGCCUCAAUAAUAAUCAUACAAUGCCAAUGGGAUCCAUAGCCCAUCUCAAUCUCAUAGCAUUAUGUAGAGAUGGUUUCUUGAAGGAGGCACUACACAUUCUGCUUACCACACACAAUCCCCCUGUAGAUUAUUCUACAUAUCUUCAAGUAAUUCGCAGCUGUGUUGCCAAUAAUACGCUAUCGCAAGGUAAACAAAUCCACUCUUUCAUUAUUCACAGGGGGUUUACAUUUGCUACAUGCACAGUUUUCCAAAAUGAGCUUCUUAAGAUGUAUAAUAAAUGCGGAAGUUUGAUUGCUACGCGCGAAGUGUUUGACAAAAUGACUGAACGAGAUGUCUUCUCAUGGAAUGCGAUCAUUGAAGCUUACCGAAGACAUGGGAAUUUUCAGGAAGCAUUGAGACUGUUUCAUCAAAUUGAACCAACAGGUGUACAACCUAAUCAGUUCACGUUUGCCAGCAUACUUCCAGCUUGCGCCGAAAUGAAGGCUUUGGGACAGGGUAUGGGUAUCCAUCAAAGCAUAAUAGAAAGGGGUUUUUGUUCGGAUAUUGUAGUUGCAAGUGCCCUGGUACACAUGUACGCAAAAUGUGGAAUCAUACACAAGGCACGUGAACUGUUUGACAAAAUGUCUCAAAAAAACGUGGUCUCGUGGACUACAAUGAUUGCAGGAUAUGCACAAAAUGGUGUUCUAGAUGAAGCAUUAAAGUUAUUUGAAGAAAUGCCUCAGAGAAAUGUUAUCUCAUGGAAUGUCAUGAUUUCAGGCUAUGCACAAAAUGGGUUUGCUGAUAAGGCUUUGGAAACAUUUAAGCAAAUGCAAUUGGCAGGUGUAAAGCCAGUCUCCACAACCUUCCUCAGCAUUCUCUCAGCCUGUGCCAAAAUAGGAUAUUUAGAACAGGGCAUGAACAUCCAUCAAAGCGUUAUUCAAACGGGAUUUUUGUCAGAUUUUGUAGUUGCAAAUGCUCUGCUAGACAUGUAUACAAAAUGUGGAAGCAUACACAAAGCUCGGGAACUGUUUGACAAAAUGGCUAGGAAAAAUGUGGUUUCAUGGACUGCAAUGAUUUCAGGAUAUGCACAUAAUGGUAUUCUUCAGGAAGCUCUAAGGUUUUUCGAAGAAAUGCCUGAGAGAAAUGUGGUCUCAUGGAAUGCAAUGAUUUCAGGAUAUGCACAAAAUGGAUUAGUUGAGAAGGCCUUGAAAACAUUUAAGCAAAUGCAAUUGGUAGGUGUAAAGCCAAACUUAACAACCUUUGUCAGUAUCCUUCCAGCCUGUGCCAAAAUAGGAGCUUUGGAACAGGGUAUGGAUCUCCAUCAAAGCGUGAGUGAAUGCGGAUGCUUGUCAAAUGUUAAAGUUGCAAGUGCCCUAAUAGACAUGUAUGCAAAAUGUGGAAGCAUAGACAAUGCACGUGAACUGUUUAACAAAAUGCCUCAACGAAAUGUCAUCUCAUGGAAUGCCAUGAUUGCAGGAUAUGCACAAAAUGGCUUUUGCAAAGAUGCUCUUGACUUGUUUGAACUGAUGAAGAACUCCGAAACAUACCCUGAUCAUGUAAGUUUCGCUUGUGUUUUAUUAGCAUGCAGUCAUGUUGGUUUAGUGGACGAGGGCUGUAAAUACUUCAAUCGAAUGAUUGACUCCUGCUGCAUUAUGCCUACCAUUGAUCAUUACGUGUGCAUGGCUGACCUUCUUGGCCGUUCCGGUUAUGUUGAAGAAACUCUCAACUUUAUCAUCAAAAUGCCAAUUAAACCUGUGGUUGGUGUAUGGACAUGUUUGCUUGGUGUCUGUAGACCACAUAAAAAUAUAAGAUUAGGAGUAUUUAUAUCCACUCUUAUUUUUGAGCUGGAUCCUAAAUAUGUUGCAACUUAUGUUCUUCUCUCAAACAUCUAUGCUGAAGUGGGCAGGUGGGGUGAGGUUCAAAUGUUAAGGGGGUUGAUGAAAGAUAGGGGAAUUAAAAAGAUACCUGGAUGUAGUUGGAUUGAAGACCACAAUAUGGUACAUGCAUUUUGUGUAGGAGACAGAUCACAUCCACAGACAAAGGAGAUCUAUGCAAAGCUGGCGGAAUUGUCUUGGGAGAUGAAGGCGGCAGGGUAUUUUCCAGAUUCAAAACAUGUAUUGAAUAAUGUUGAAGAGGAGGAAAAAGAAUUAUUCCUUUGCCACCAUAGCGAGAAGCUGGCAAUUGCAUUUGGAUUGUUAAACACGCCCCCUGGAACAACUAUUAGAGUUGUCAAGAACCUCCGAGUAUGUGUUGAUUGUCACACUGCAACCAAGUUUAUCUCCAAGAUUGUUGGAAGACAAAUUGUUGUGAGAGAUUCCAACCGGUUCCAUCAUUUCAGACAAGGACAAUGUUCUUGCAAGGAUUAUUGGUGACAUGAAAUUUAAGCAACUAGUGAGCAUACGCGUGCACCAUAACAAGGAAACAUGCACUUGUUUGAAAUUAAAAGUUGGAAGUGAAGGCGUAGAAUGCGAAAAGGCAAAAUGAGAGGAACAAGUCAAGGAUAUGGAACGUGCUUGGCCAACAGAGAAUGUGAGAGGUCAUAUAAUAAAUUCAAUGCUAGAGUAUAUGAAGAAUUCAUUUCUUGAUAAUUCUUUACUCCAUUGUGCCAUUUUGUAUGGUCAUUUUGUCAGAUUAACCGUCUUUAUCUUGUGCCUAUGUCAAGUCUGCCAUUUGAUAUGAAUUACAUAUAGCAGAUCAUGUAUAGCAACUUUAUAUACGUUUGCAUGGAUCUUGUCUCAUUAAGAGAUAGAGAUUUCU